AUGGCGGCUCCCGGUAGCGAGCUGGGCCCGACCGCUAACCCUGCGCUGUGGGCGGAGGUGCGGGCGCUGCUGCCCGGCGCCGAGGAGGGGUUGACAUUGGCGCUGAGCGGUGAGGUGGAGGAUGGGGUCCUGCAGCUGCUGCGGCGCGCCCGGGGGCUGUUCUACGCCCAGCCUUGCGAGGCGGCAGCGCUGGGGCGCCUGGGCGAGGUCCUGCGCGACUACUCCUGGGAGCGGCUGAACGCGGGGCCGUGGCGGGAGGUCAGCAAGGCCUGGCGGCAGGUUUACACCUACGGCUGCCUCUUCGCGGCGCUGGCCGAGGUCGCCGCCGGCCGCCCGCUGGCGCCUGCCGUCCGGCUCUGCGACAUGGGGCUGCUCAUGGGCGCCUCCGUCCUGGACAACGUCCUCGCCCGCCUCGUCCGCGUCCUGCAGGCGCAGCUGCCCCGCGGGGAGCUGUGCGCCCACGGCAGCGUCAAGAGGGACCGGACCGACCCCGCUCCAGCCCCUGUUGUGCAGCCAGAAGAUGCAGUUCCACAUCUUCGCUGCCCUUCUCUGGAGCACUUCAGAGACAACUAUCUCAUCCCAGGGAAGCCUGUUGUCUUGGAGGGGAUUAUUGACCACUGGCCCUGCAUGAAGAAGUGGAGUGUGGACUAUUUUUGUCAAGUCGCAGGGUGCCGCACAGUCCCCGUGGAGCUGGGUUCCCGAUACACGGAUGAGGAAUGGUCUCAGAGGCUCAUGACUGUGGGGGACUUCAUCAGCCAGUACAUUGUGAAUGAGAACAGUGUUGGAUACCUUGCCCAACAUCAACUUUUUGAUCAGAUCCCAGAAUUGAAAGAGGAUAUCAGGAUCCCUGACUACUGCUGCCUGGGGGAAGGGGAAGAAGAUGACAUCACCAUUAAUGCUUGGUUUGGUCCAGCAGGCACUGUCUCACCUCUUCAUCAGGAUCCUCAGCAAAAUUUUUUAGCCCAGGUGUUUGGAAGGAAGUACAUCUGCCUGUGCUCACCACAGGAGUCAGAAAACCUCUAUCCACAUGAAAGCCACAUUCUUCACAACACCAGUCAGGUGGAUGUGGAAGAUCCUGACUUAGUGAAGUUUCCCAAUUUCAGAAAGGCUGCACUUCAGUCCUGUGUUUUGAUGCCUGGACAAGUUCUCUUCAUUCCAGUUCAAUACUGGCACUAUGUACGAUCGCUCGAUAUCAGCUUCUCUGUCAGCUUCUGGUGGUCAUAGCUCUGAAGCCUACAUAAACUCUGCUGGUGGUGUUAAGAGGAAACCAAA